UUCUUCACUUCCUCGUGUCACCGCGGGUUCGCAGCACAGGGAGCGUUUCGAGCUAGCGGCAGCAAUUUCGCAUGCAUUUGCAGACAGAAGGCAGAGAGCAUGGCGGAACAGACAACUAAAUCUGCGCUGUCAGCAGCUGAGCUUCGGCCCCCGGUCAUAGAAGGGUUCAACCCCCUGAGCAACACCAGAGAGGAGACCUUCAAAGAAAAGCUCACUCGGAAAACCAAGCAGAACCCCUUCGUCCCUGUGGGAUGUUUGGCAACAGUAGGAGCGCUGGUCUAUGGUCUCCGCAGUUUCCAACAAGGGGACACCAACAAGUCCCAGCUGUUCAUGAGGGGACGUAUCGCUGCUCAAGGAUUCACGGUAGUUGCCCUGGUCGUUGGCGUCUUGGCCACGGCUCUGACGUCCAAGAAGUGAAGACGCACCAGUCCCUCACCUCUGCCAUUAUCAAGUCACCACCACACCACUUGGAAGUUGAUCAGAUCCAACUCGGAAUGGUGGACUGAUUGUACUAUAUGUAUUAACUGAGUAAAGUAUUGUUUUCAACAUGAUAUUUAUUGCCGUUUGAAAACGACCCGUGGUGGAUAAAUGAUUUACUUUAGGCCACGACUGUGGAAAAGGCAAAAUAAGCUCCAGAGCAGACCAAGGAAGCAAAGUGGAUUUUUCUUUUAAUUGUGCUUUAAUAGUACGGAGGCAAAACAAUGAUAAAUACUAAUAAAUAUAAAUUGUUCCUUGCUUCCUGCACUGUCACUGAAAUGAUCUAAUAUAACACCAGACUAUUUCUUCUGAUAUAUAAAUGUCGAAUUGAA